AAGCCGCCCGCCCGCAUGCAAUUAGAAAAACUUCAGGAGAAACCAGAGUAUCACUUGGAGUGGCCUAAAGUCUGGAAAAACGAGGCUUUUGAGAAAUGGCUACCGAACAAGACUCAGAUGCUCAAAAGAAGCUAGCCGUGGACUUAUGGGAGGCUGUAGGGGAUGUCAUCAAAUUGAGGUCCCUGUUGGGACAGGGGGCAGACCCCAACCACCAGCUCUACUGGAGUGACGAGUGGGCGGAUAAGCUGCCUCCAUUACACAAGGCUUGUUUUAAGGGCUACCUUGAGGUUGUGAAGACACUUGCUACUUAUGGAGCUCGUACUGAUAAAGUUGGUGGGAUAGACAACAUGUCUCCACUUUGCUAUGCGUGUGAGGGAGGUCAUAAAGACGUGGUAAAGUUCCUGAUCCAGGAGCUCGGAUGUAGCACUGAUGUGAGGGAUAAGGAUAACAAGACUCCUCUUCACUGGGCUUGUGUGAGAGGAAGUAAAGACGUGGUGCAGUAUCUGGUGGAGGAGAGGAAGAUGGAUCUUGAUGUGAGGGAUGAUGAGGGACGGUCACCACUGGACAGAGCUCUGGAGGAUCUGUGUGAUGAUUAUGAUGCUGAUGAUGGCGGUAGUUGUGUGGAUGUUGCCCUCUACCUGAUGAGCCGUGGCUGUGCAUGUGGUGAUAAGGACAAAACCGAGUUACUGUGUGCAGCAUGUACAUAUGGCAAGCUGGAUGUAGUGAAGGAACUGGUUGAGAAAUACAAAGUUGACCCCAAGAAUGUGUUGAAUAUUGAGUGCCGGUCACCACUAGAGGAAGCUCUGGAGGAUCUGUACUAUGAUAAAAAUGAUAACCGGGUGGAUGUUGCCCUCUACCUGAUGAGCCAUGGCUGUGAAUGUCGUAAUAGGGACAAAGCCGAGUUACUGUGUGUAGCAUGUGAGUGGGACAGGCUGGGUGUGGUGAAGAAGCUGGUUAAGAAGUACAAAGUUGACCCCAAUAGUAUAACUGACGAUGCUGGCUGGACUCCUCUUGACAUCGCUAAACAGUGUGGUUUCACUGAAAUUGCUCACUACCUCAAGUCUGUACGACAAUUUGCUGUGACUGGAGGCACUAACUCCAGGCGUAAGAAUGGACCACCACCAACAAAGAAACAAAAAAGUGCCCAGCCAGUGACUCUGAGAGUGUGUCCUAACUGUGAGGAGAGCUGUCACAUCCGCUGCAAGAACUGUCCCGAAUGUGAGGACGAGUUCCCUCCUUCCACUAAGAGCAGGGCCAAACCUGACCAGGAUAUUGUGGAAAACUCUUCAAACCUACUGCAGAUACUACAGAAAAAGGUGGACCAACUGUCUCUGUUAGGAUUUGACAUUGUCGUACUAGUGCACAGAGAUUCAAACAAAUCACAUGACUCCUCUACCACGUCACAUGACACGCCCAGUCGCUCAUGCCACACCUACAGGAAGUUUGUCACCUCCGGACUGGCCGAGAGCUUUGUUGAAUCUCCUCUGGUGUACGGCAGUUGGAAAGAUUUCUGUAGCUCUGACAAGACCUCAACUGGACACGCUCAGCAAUCCAAGAGCCCACAAAAGAAAAAAGGAGUACAAACGAAUACUACUACUACCACUCAGGAGGGGGACAGAUCACAUGAUACGAGUGGAGUGUCACAUGAUCAAGGCAGCGAAUCUCAAGACAGCAAUGGUUCCAGUACUCAAUCACAAGCAGCACCAACCUCUACUGACUUGACACCACUCGUAUCUUCUCUCCGUCAGCAAAUUGAUGCCAUGCAGUCCAGUCUACAUGCCCCACCCACUCACACGUACUCCCCAGCUACUGGUUUAAUGAACACAGGGCAAUCGACCUUUGUACCCGGUGAUCCACCACUCCCCAACCAUUUCACUGGACCUUCUUCACACAACUCGAAUCCCUGAAUCCCGUGUCGUUCCCAAUGUUUCCAUCUUCACCUGCUCCAGCAUAAUUAUUAUCGUUUCUCUUCACCUAUUACACCAUUGUUAGAGUCGUCUAGGCAACCGAUGAACUCUGGCCCCAACACUGACUCAAGCUAGUACAAAAACUUCGCAAUAGCAUGAUUAUAAAAAAUAUUAUUAUUAUAAUUAUUUGCUUGGAAUGCAUAUUUGUGUUGGGGAUUUCCCUUAUUGCGUGACAAG